AAAAAUUAAUUCAGUUUGUUUUUUCAAACCUUGACGAAAAAAACGACUGCGAUUUCCAUCUAUGUUUUCGUAAAAACAGAAUGCAAAAAGGCUGAACGAUUGCUAAACUUUCAUUUCCUUUUAAAUUAAGUGCUCACGUCACAACCGGAGAAGUAUUACUUACAGAGAAAGUCGAUGAUUCAGUAAUUUUUUUUCACCUCUUCUUCGUUUCACUUAUCUCGUUUUCAAUCCAACAAUUUCUUUUUCUCUUAAUCCUUUCUCUUCUUUUUCACGCAAGGCUGUGGCUUCUAAUAUCGAUACAGUAUGGAUUAACCAAUUUGGUUUUGGACUAUUACAUAAAUAAAUUUUGUGAUCAUCAGUGAUUGCAAACAAGAACGAUGGCAGUAACUUUGAAACUAUUCUCGUUGUCUUGUUUGUUUUUAUCCGUUGUUACUUUGUGUGUGGCUUUCCCAUCGCAGAAUUCAAAGUUAAAUUUGUCUUCAAUUUCUGAAGCUGAGAAUGAGAUAUUUUAUCAAGUAAACAAUCAUAGAGAAAAUGAAAAUCCUAACUUAUCAUUUUCAUGGUGGAAUCUAGGAGGCAUCAAAGAGUCAUUCAACAAUCUAUGGAACAGAAUGGGGUCCACUAGUGAAUGCUUGGCAUGUAGAUUUGUUGUGGCCCUUUUCCAACAUUACGUUGAAAAUGGUGCAUCCGAGGAAGAGAUUGGCAAUAUUGUGAAGAAAGUAUGCCUGUUCCUGAAUAUUGAAAAACCAGAUGUUUGUCAUGGUGUCGUGAGGCUGUUCAAGAAAGAAGUGACGACUAUAAUUGCUAGAGUAGCACUGGAUCCCCAUGAAGUGUGCAGCCUAAUUGUGGCUGGUUGUGGGGAUGGCGUGAGUCCUCUUCACAAUUGGACUGUUCCUCUCACACCAUUCCCAAAACCUCCAGUUAUUCAGCCGCUACCUCCAAAGCCUAAAGCACCCAUUUUAAGAGUGUUGCAUUUGUCUGAUAUUCAUCUUGAUCCUUUCUACAAAGAGGGCAGUAAUGCUAAAUGUGAAGAGCCUUUGUGCUGCAGGCCAGGAUCAGGGACGCCUCUCACCCCAGAAGAUGAAGCUGGAUAUUGGGGAGAUUAUAGAAAUUGUGACACGCCUCUCCGUACUCUGGAAAACAUGCUUAAUCAUAUCAACAAAACUCAUCAGUUGGAUUAUGUGAUUUGGACAGGUGACAUUCCUCCCCAUGAUAUUUGGAACAAUUCAAGAUCUGAAGCUAUCUACUUACUUCAUGAGGUUUCAAACCUAGUAUAUAAAUACCUUGGACAAGUGCCCAUCUAUCCAGCUCUUGGAAACCAUGAAAGUUCUCCUGUAAAUAGUUUUCCUAUUCCCUCUAUAACUGGAAAUGACUCUAUUUCUUGGCUAUAUGACGAGGUUCAGAAAGCAUGGUCUCGGUGGUUGCCCAAUAAUCCAUCUUCUGUGAAAUUAGGAGCCUAUUACUCAACAGUUUUUAGCCCUGGCUUACGCAUUAUUUCUUUAAAUAUGAAUUAUUGUAACAGUUUAAACUGGUGGUUGCUCAUCAAUUCAACAGAUCCAACAGGGGAAUUAGCUUGGCUUGUCACUCAACUCCAGUUGGCAGAAGACAGAGGGGAAAAAGUGCAUAUUAUUGGGCAUAUUCCUCCUGGAGAACCAGAUUGUAUGGGUGUAUGGAGUAGUAAUUAUUACAGAAUAAUCAACAGGUAUGAAAGUACUGUGACUGCACAAUUCUUUGGGCAUACACAUCAAGAUGAGUUUGAAAUAUUUUAUGAUAAGUCUGGUCCUACUCCAAGGCCAUCUAACAUCGUGUACAUCGGGCCAAGUGUCACAACUUAUGAUGGUGUAAAUCCUGGAUACCGCAUCUACACUGUUGAUGGAAAUUACCCAAAGAGUUCCAGAGUUGUGUUAGACCAUGAAACAUAUAUCACAAAUUUAACUGAAGCCAAUUUGAGUAAAACAAUGACAUGGAAAUUUGAAUAUAGUGCAAAGAAAGCUUAUAAUAUGAAGUCUUUAUUGCCUAAAGAUUGGGAUAAUUUAGUGAAUAGAUUUCAAGAGGAUGAUAUUUUGUUUAAAAAAUUCUACUUAUAUUAUAGAAAAAUGACUGAUUUUGCUGUGCCACAGUGUGAUCAAGCUUGCAAACAUAAUUUUUUCUGCAGAUUCCGAAGAGGACAAUCUAAUGACCCACUUUUCUGUGUUUAAACUGAAUCCUCAUUUUUAAGGGGCUGCUAUAAUUAUAAAUAUAUGUAGUAUAAAUUUUGUAAAUAUUUUUUAAUUAGAUAUUUUAAUGUUUAAUUUGCAUUAUUUAUGCCUUGUUAAUAUUUUAAAAUUUAUGAGACCAAAGAUUAAAAUUGUUCAUACUUUAUCAGAAGUUUUAAACUUAUAUUUUUUUGUUAGAAUGUUUUAUGAUUGUAAAAUAAUUUUUUCUUCACUAUUAAGAAGUACGAAAAAUUGGACUUAUAUUUUGUUUUGUAAUGACAACGAUUUGUUUCACAGUAGAAAUGAAUUGCAUAUGUGUAAAUAAAAUAUUAAUGCAUUGUUAA